AGUGGUGUUUUCAAUUCUACUCCGCGUAGCGGCUCUUUGAUUUUGAAUUUCCCAAUAAAUUCAUAAAUUUAAACAUCAAUAAAGUGUACGUGCAAUAAGCAUUUAAUUCCCCAUCAAGUGUUUAAUAAAAUACUCAUCAAAAAACAUACAUAAACAAGAAUAAUUUUAAAUCUCCCACUAUUCUUUUGUUAAAUGAACCACUGAACUGUAAUCGAAAGCGAAUUGUGUUUCGUCGAACGUCGAUAUUAUUUUAUUUUUCUACGAAUACGAAACAAAAAACCAAAAAAGAACACGAAAGACUUUCGAUCAAAAAAUUGUUGAGUCGACGUAUGAGAAAAAUUUAAAACCGACCGGCCAGUCCGAAAUUUGCAGAGUGGCAGUGAAGUCACUCAAGUCUCUUGAAACAAAAAAAUUAAAGGAAAAGUAAAUUUAAAAAAAAACCAAAAUUGUGUCCGCUGUGCGUGAUUAGUUUUUUACACACAACUUUAAAUUAAACAAAAAUUAAGUUUAUCGUUUUUUAAACCAACAACAACAACAACAAACCGGUGUCUCUUCGGUUCCAGUGUGUGUUAAAGAGACAGAGAGAGAAAAAAAAAAAAACAAAUUAAAUAAUUCAGGAAUAAUCAGCAGAGACAACAACAAACAAACCAACAAUGGGAGAUGAAAUUAGUGAUCGCAACGAUCCCGAAUUGAAAUAUCUAUCGGUUGAACGGAAUCAAUUCAAUGAUCCAGCAACACAGGCAGAAUGGACACAAAAGCGUUUGGUUUGGGUGCCCAAUGGAAACCAGGGCUUUGUUGCAGCAAGCAUUAAGCGUGAACAAGGCGAUGAGGUUGAAGUUGAUCUUGCCGAAACUGGCAAACGUGUGAUGGUCCUUCGUGAUGACAUACAAAAAAUGAAUCCGCCUAAAUUCGACAAAGUCGAAGAUAUGGCCGAAUUGACUUGCCUAAAUGAAGCUUCCGUCUUACAUAACAUCAAAGACAGAUACUACUCUGGUUUAAUAUACACAUAUUCCGGCCUUUUCUGUGUUGUUGUGAAUCCGUAUAAAAAGCUUCCAAUUUAUACGGAAAAAAUUAUGGAAAGAUAUAAGGGUAUAAAGCGACACGAAGUGCCUCCGCAUGUAUUUGCAAUCACAGAUACUGCCUACAGAUCUAUGCUCCAAGAUCGUGAAGAUCAGUCGAUCCUGUGUACGGGAGAAUCCGGUGCUGGUAAAACUGAGAAUACAAAAAAAGUCAUUCAGUAUUUGGCCUAUGUGGCUGCAUCAAAACCGAAAGGUUCUGGAGCGGGACCACACCCGGCUUUGAUUAUUAGUCAUAAUGCUGAAACAUUUGCGGGUGAAUUGGAGCAACAACUGUUACAAGCGAAUCCUAUUCUAGAAGCAUUUGGUAAUGCUAAGACCGUCAAGAACGAUAACUCGUCUCGAUUUGGUAAAUUUAUUCGCAUUAACUUUGAUGCAUCUGGUUAUAUUUCUGGAGCUAACAUCGAAACAUAUCUAUUGGAGAAAUCCCGUGCCAUUCGUCAAGCGAAAGACGAAAGAACAUUCCAUAUUUUCUAUCAGCUGUUAGCCGGUGCCUCGGCAGAGCAACGAGAUAAAUUCAUUCUAGAUGAUAUCAAGACUUAUCCAUUCCUAUCGAAUGGUUCGCUUCCAGUACCCGGCGUUGAUGAUUACGCCGAAUUCCAAGCGACCGUCAAGAGUAUGAACAUCAUGGGCAUGACCAAUGAUGACUUCAAUUCGAUAUUCCGCAUUGUAAGUGCUGUGUUGUUAUUUGGUUGCAUGAAAUUCCGCCAAGAGCGUAACAAUGAUCAGGCAACGUUACCUGAUAAUACGGUAGCGCAAAAGAUUGCUCAUCUACUGGGUCUUAAUGUGACUGAUAUGACUCGAGCUUUCCUUACGCCACGUAUUAAGGUUGGUCGUGAUUUUGUGACCAAAGCUCAGACCAAGGAGCAAGUAGAGUUUGCUGUAGAAGCGAUUGCCAAAGCCUGCUACGAACGAAUGUUCAAGUGGUUGGUGACUCGUAUCAAUCGUUCUCUAGAUAGAACCAAACGCCAGGGUGCUUCCUUUAUUGGUAUUCUCGAUAUGGCUGGUUUUGAAAUAUUCGAACUCAACUCCUUCGAGCAGUUGUGUAUUAAUUACACAAACGAGAAACUCCAGCAGUUGUUCAAUCACACUAUGUUUAUUCUGGAGCAAGAGGAGUACCAACGCGAGGGAAUUGAAUGGAAAUUCAUUGACUUUGGUCUUGACUUGCAGCCGACUAUUGACCUGAUUGAUAAACCUGGUGGAAUUAUGGCUCUUCUUGAUGAGGAAUGUUGGUUCCCUAAGGCAACAGAUAAAACUUUCGUUGAGAAGUUGGUUUCGGCACAUUCUAUGCAUCCUAAAUUCUUAAAGACGGACUUCCGUGGCGUUGCUGAUUAUGCGAUUAUGCAUUACGCUGGCAAGGUUGACUAUUCGGCAGUCAAAUGGUUGAUGAAGAACAUGGAUCCCCUCAACGAAAAUAUUGUAUCAUUGUUACAGACCUCACAAGAUCCAUUCGUUGUACAGAUCUGGAAGGAUGCAGAAAUUGUGGGUAUGGCCCAACAGGCUCUUACCGACACACAAUUCGGUGCACGAACUCGCAAGGGUAUGUUCCGUACUGUCUCGCAUUUGUACAAAGAACAACUGGCUAAGUUGAUGGACACACUGCGUAACACAAAUCCUAACUUCGUGCGGUGCAUAAUCCCAAAUCAUGAAAAGCGUGCUGGAAAAAUUGAUGCUCCACUUGUGCUGGACCAAUUGCGUUGCAAUGGUGUAUUGGAGGGUAUUCGAAUCUGUCGUCAAGGUUUCCCCAAUAGAAUUCCUUUCCAGGAAUUCCGUCAGCGUUACGAACUUCUGACGCCAAAUGUUAUUCCCAAGGGAUUCAUGGAUGGCAAAAAGGCCUGCGAAAAAAUGAUCCAAGCUUUGGAAUUGGAUUCAAAUUUGUUCCGUGUUGGACAGUCGAAGAUUUUCUUCCGAGCUGGUGUACUGGCUCAUUUAGAAGAAGAGCGUGAUUAUAAAAUCACGGACCUGAUUGUGAACUUCCAAGCAUUCUGCAGGGGAUUCCUCGCAAGGCGGAACUACCAAAAACGUUUGCAGCAAUUGAAUGCCAUAAGAAUUAUUCAGAGAAACUGUGCAGCCUACUUAAAGCUUCGUAACUGGCAAUGGUGGCGUUUGUACACGAAAGUUAAACCACUGUUGGAGGUCACCAAGCAGGAGGAGAAACUUGUGCAGAAGGAAGAUGAAUUAAAGCAGGUUCGUGAAAAAUUGGAGAGCUUAAAUAAAAGCACAUUGGAAUAUGAGAAAAAAUGGCAACAAGCGAAUGAAGAAAAAACUGCCUUGGCUGAACAACUUCAAGCCGAAAUUGAACUCUGUGCCGAAGCUGAAGAGGGUCGUUCAAGGUUGAUGGCAAGAAAACAAGAACUCGAGGACAUGAUGCAAGAGCUUGAAGCUCGAAUUGAAGAGGAAGAAGAACGUGUUCUCGCUCUGGGAAAUGAUAAGAAAAAGCUUGAGGUCAACAUUCAAGACUUGGAAGAGCAAUUAGAAGAAGAGGAAGCUGCUAGGCAGAAGUUACAACUUGAGAAGGUGCAACUGGACGGAAAAAUUAAGAAAUACGAAGAAGAUCUUGCCCUAACUGAUGAUCAAAACCAAAAGUUACUCAAGGAAAAGAAACUGCUGGAAGAACGUGCCAAUGAUUUGUCUCAGACCCUCGCCGAAGAAGAAGAGAAAGCUAAACAUUUAGCAAAGCUGAAAGCAAAGCAUGAAGCCACAAUUAGUGAACUUGAAGAACGUCUUAUCAAAGAUCAGCAACAACGCCAGGAAUCAGACCGUUCUAAGCGAAAAAUAGAAACCGAAGUUGCUGAUCUAAAAGAACAACUCAACGAACGCCGAAUUCAAAUUGAAGAGUUACAAACGCAGCUUUCUAAGCGCGAAGAUGAACUCACUCAAACUCUGAUGCGAAUCGACGAAGAAUCUGCGAGCAAAGCAGCCGCCCAAAAAGCUCAGAGAGAACUUGAGUCACAGUUGGCUGAAAUUCAGGAAGAUCUUGAAGCUGAGAAAGGCGCUCGUGCUAAGGCGGAGAAAAUUAGACGUGACUUGGGUGAAGAACUAGAAGCUCUCAAGAAUGAACUUUUGGAUUCUCUAGAUACAACUGCCGCUCAACAAGAACUUCGUUCAAAACGUGAGCAGGAGCUUGCCAGCCUUAAAAAGAAUCUCGAAGAUGAGACAGUCAACCAUGAAGGAUUACUGGCCGAGAUGCGUCAUAAGCACUCACAAGAACUCAAUGCAAUUAACGAUCAGCUGGAGAACUUGCGCAAGGCUAAAACGGUGCUGGAAAAAACUAAGGGUACUUUGGAAGCUGAGAAUGCCGAUUUAACUACUGAACUACGAAUUGUUAGCAGUUCGAGACAAGAGAAUGAUCGUCGUCGGAAACAAGCAGAGCAACAGAUCGCUGAAAUGCAGGCUAAGCUGGCCGAAAUCGAACGUGCCCGUUCCGAAUUGCAAGAGAAGUGCACCAAGCUUCAGCAAGAAUCAGAAAAUAUAACAAGUCAAUUAGAGGAAGCUGAAUUGAAAGCAUCAGCCGCUGUAAAAUCCGCCAGCAAUAUGGAAAGUCAAUUGACAGAAGCCCAACAAUUGCUUGAGGAAGAAACCCGCCAGAAAUUGUCUUUGAGUUCGAAACUGCGCCAGCUUGAAUCCGAAAAGGACGUGCUCCAAGAACAAUUGGAAGAAGAUGAAGAAGUAAAAAAGAACUACGAGCGCAAAUUGUCCGAACUUAGCCUGCAAAUGCAAGAAAUCAAGAAGAAGGCCGAAGAAGAUUCGGAUAUUGUUAAAGAGUUGGAAGAGAACAAGAAGCGCAAUGGCAAGGAAUUAGAAGCUCUAGAGAGACAAGUGAAAGAACUCCAAGCUCAGAACGAUCGCCUUGAUAAGAGCAAAAAGAAGAUUCAAUCUGAACUGGAAGACACCACCAUCGAACUAGAAACACAACGCACUAAAGUUCUUGAACUCGAGAAGAAGCAAAAGAAUUUCGAUAAGAUACUUGCGGAAGAGAAGGCAAUUAGUGAUCAAACUGCCCAGGAGCGUGAUACUGCAGAGCGUGAGGCCCGUGAGAAGGAAACUAAAGUUUUGUCAUUGACUCGCGAAUUGGAUGAAGCGUACGACAAAAUCGAGGACUUGGAAACUAAGCGAAAGGUUUUGCAAAAUGAACUUGACGAUUUGGCCAACAGCCAAGGUACAGCCGAUAAGAAUGUGCAUGAGUUGGAGAAGGCAAAACGUGCGCUAGAAAGUCAAUUAGCCGAAUUGAAAGCACAAAACGAAGAGCUGGAGGAUGACCUUCAACUAACGGAGGAUGCUAAGUUGCGUCUGGAAGUUAACAUGCAAGCCUUACGCUCCCAAUUCGAACGUGACAUUCAAGCCAAGGAAGAACAAGCUGAAGAGAAACGACGUGGUUUAGUUAAGCAAUUGCGUGAUCUCGAGGCAGAACUUGAUGAAGAACGUAAACAACGAACCGCAGCGGUGGCUGCUAAGAAGAAGCUCGAGGGUGACUUGAAGGAAAUCGAAACGACUAUGGAAAUGCACAACAAGGUGAAAGAGGAUGCUCUCAAGCACGCCAAGAAACUACAGGCGCAAGUCAAAGACGCCCUUCGUGAUGCUGAAGAUGCAAAGGCAGCCAAGGAAGAACUGGCAGCAGCAAGCAAGGAGGCUGAGCGCAAGGUGAAGACCCUAGAAGCUGAAGUUAUGCAACUUACUGAGGACCUCGCAAGCUCAGAGAGAGCACGCCGUGCAGCAGAAACUGAACGUGAUGAGCUCGCUGAAGAAAUAAAUGCCAACGCUAACAAAGGAUCCCUAAUGGUUGAGGAAAAGAGACGUCUGGAAGCAAGAAUAGCCACUCUCGAGGAGGAGCUCGAAGAGGAGCAAUCGAAUUCGGAAGUACUUGUGGACAGAACUCGUAAGGCUCAGCUUACUAUUGAACAACUAUCUACCGAACUCGCAACAGAGAAGUCCAACUCGCAAAAGAACGAAAACGCCAGAGCCCUACUAGACCGACAAAACAAAGAGUUGAAGGCUAAGUUAGCUGAAAUCGAAACAGCACAAAGGACAAAGGUGAAAGCAACAAUUGCCGGUCUGGAAGCAAAGAUUGCCAACCUCGAAGAACAACUAGAAAACGAAGCCAAGGAACGAUUGCUUCAGCAGAAAUCUAACCGCAAAUUGGAUAAGAAAAUCAAGGAACUCACUAUGAACAUCGAAGAUGAACGAAGACAUGCGGAUCAAUACAAAGAGCAAAUCGAUAAACUCAAUAGCCGCAUGAAGACUCUGAAGCGCAACCUAGACGAAACCGAAGAGGAACUGCAAAAGGAGAAGACGCAAAAACGAAAGGCACAACGAGAAUGCGAAGAUAUGCUUGAAAGUCAUGAAGCAAUGACACGCGAAGUGAACUCGCUUAAAGGAAAACUAAGAUUCUCUGUGACAACAGAAUCGGAUGAAGAACUUACUGAUAUCCAGGAAUAACGUAAAGGCGCACCACAAUGGGUUUGAGUUCAUCCCGACUCACAGGUACCACAUCAUCCAAACGGGCGGACGAUAGUUCUUCUGUUCAAGAUGAGUCAAUAGAUGGCGAUGACUCAGGCAAUUGACAAAUUAAAUUAUCAAAACGGGAUCUUUAUUAAUAUAUAAAUAUAUAUACAUAAAACAAAUUUAAAAUUAUAACCAUACAACAACAUAAUUGAGAAAACAGAAAUACAAAACAAAAUAAAAAACAAAUAUAAUUCCUAAGAAGAAAAAUACAAAAAAAGAAAACAAAUCUUGAAAUUAAAAAAACAUUUUAAGGUUUAACUUAAAACAAAAAAAGGAAAUAACAUUUAAACUAAGUUUUUGAAAAGUGAAAAAUACUUUUUUGAUAAAUCUAAUAAGCCACGAAAUGAAAAAAAAAAUAUUUAUACCGUUUUUAUAAUUUAUAGAUAUGAUGAUAUACAUUUAAAAAGAAAAAAUAAGAUCCAUUUGAGGGGAAAAACACUAAAACACUAAAUCGUAUGCAUUUACACAAUAAAAUAAAAAUUAG